UCACUCCCGACGCACAUAAAACCGCACUAAAACAAGAAGAGAUCCCAUAACCCCUCUCUCUCAUACACACACACACGCACUGAGACUUCUUGUUUCUUAAGCACCUUCCUUGAGAUAAACUGGCCGGAAAAAAAUGGCAUCUACAUGCAUCUCAAACUGUAUUAACGACGCCCGUGUUCCGGUUAGAGCCACCUACGUGAAUCUCUACAAGUGGCCGGAAUCGGACGCCGAGUUUGUACGAUCAGUGAGCUCUAAAACCCACCGGAAUGGCCCAAGUGGCGGCGCUACCGCCUACGGCCGUCCCCGGGUGGUGGACAGUAUCUCAUGUAGACAACUGUACCUAAGAAGCUACACUUUCUCAAGGGAAGAAGAUUAUAAGGAUGAUGAGAAGACCAUAAAGUGCCUUGGAAGGGGAAAAGAGAAGCAGACGAUGGAUAAUAAAAGAAAAAGAAAGUCUCGUGGCCGUGGUGGCGAUCGCGGCAGCGGGAGUGGUGGCGGAAGGAGGAAAUGUAAACGGUUUAGAAGGGCUAAGGCUGUAUCCUGCGCCGCCUUGGUGUCCAUUUUCCGGAGGUUGCUGUCUUGCACCACCGAGGUUGAUGUUGUCAAUUAAUAGUAAUUAUAUUUUCUUCUCCUUUUUAUCGUAUUUAUGACAUUUUCCUUUUAUCAAUGUUUUAAUUAUACAAAGGAAGUUUAUAACGUUAUUCACUC